UAACUACCAAACGAUGUCAGUUCAGUGUUUGAGAGUUUAUCAGGCAGAGAUUAACUGCUGCUGCUGAAGAAACCCUCUCGGAGGUUAAGAAACGAUCGUCCAGUAUGAGGAUGAGAUCAGCCGGACACCCGAGAUAAAGUCACACAGCAGACAUCACACAGCAACAUGAAGUGUGAGGAGGAGGAGGGUCUGGAUGACCAGCAGGUCUGUAACCAGGAGAGGAACUCCAGUCUGGACCAGGAGGACUCAGAUUCUUCACAGAUUAAAGAGGAACGGGAGGAACUCUGGACCAGUCCGGAGGGAGAGCAGCUUGUAGUGAAGCAGGAGGCCGAAGGCAUCAUCGUCUGGACCGGGGAAGAGCGUCUCAGACUGCUGGAUACAAUCUGGAAACCUGAAAUAAAGUUGCAUAACAAAGACUUUCCAGAUCAAAAGCCCUGUGAGGAGGAGGAGGUUCUAAUGGAGCAACAGGUCUGCAACCAGGAGAGGAACUCCAGUCCGGACCAGGAGGACCUGGAUUCUCCACAGAUUAAAGAGGAACCAGAGGAACUCUGCACCAGUCAGGAGGGAGAGCAGCUUAUACUGAAGGAGGAGAGUGAUGCUUUUAGGGUGAAUCGUAUUUAUGAGGAAAGUGAAACAGAAGCAAACAGUGACCAGAUCCUUUCUCGCAACUGUUUUGAAGCAGAGAUCCGAGAUCAGGAAGAAAGCAGGCAUGUGGACUCAGGAUCAACUAGAAAUGGAAACACAAAGAGGAGAUAUCAGAAGAGAAAAAACAGAGCCGACAACCAGCCCGCAUCAGAUAGUCAGUGUAAAAAGUCUUUAAAAUGUGACCUUUGUAGCAAAACCUUUCAGUAUAAAUCCAAACUGACUAAACAUCUAAGAGUUCACACAGGUGAGAAACCUUAUUCUUGUAGCACCUGUGGGAAAGGAUUCAGUCAGAUGAUACACUUGAAAACUCACAUGAGAAUCCACACAGGUGAGAAGCCAUAUCCAUGUAGCAACUGUGGGAGAGGAUUCAGUCAGAUGAUACACUUGAAAACUCACAUGCGAAUCCACACAGGUGAGAAACCGUACUCUUGUCGUGCAUGUGGGAAAAGAUUUAGCGACUCAUCAGCAUUUAAAGCUCACAUGAGAAUUCACACAGGUGAGAAGCCACAUUCUUGUAUCAUGUGUGGUAAACGAUUCAGUCACAAAUCAGGACUGGAAACUCACAUGAGAACCCAUACAGGUGAGAAGCCACACUCUUGUAGCACCUGUGGUAAAAGAUUCAGUCAUAUGAUAAACUUGAAAACUCACAUGAGGAUUCACACAGGUGAGAAGCCACAUUCUUGUAGCACCUGUGGAAAACGAUUCAGCCAUAUUGUGAACUUGAACACCCACAUAAAAAGCCACACAGGUGAGAAGCCGUAUUCCUGUAGCCUUUGCGGGAAAAGAUUCAUUCAGAUGAUACAACUGAAAGGUCACAUGAGAGUUCAUACAGGUGAGAAGCCCUAUUUGUGUAGCACCUGUAGAAAAGGCUUUAGUGACAUGAUGAACUUGAAAACUCAUAUGAAAAUCCACACAGGUGAGAAGCUGCAUUCAUGCUGUACAUGUGGGAAAAGAUUCAUUCAGAGGAUACACUUGAAAACUCACAUGAAAACCCACACAGGUGAAAAGCCACAUUUGUGUACCACAUGUGGGAAAAGAUUCAGUCAGAUGACACACUUGAAAAGUCACACGAGAAUUCAUACAAGUGUGAGAGAGCUUUCAGACGCCUGAGGGAAAAUAUGACCUAAUAUUCAGGCCAAUUUGGUAUUUUAUGUUCACAACAGUAACAGUUGUCUGUUACACUAAUUGACUCAUUGCUGUGAUGCAUAUUUUUCUGAAUUGCACUUUCUUAUAUUGUUUCUUUGAUUUACACAUACCGUAUUUUCCAGCCUAUAAGUCGCACUUUUUUUCAUAGUUUUGCCGGGGGUGCGACCUAUACUCCGGAGCGACUUAUAUGUGAAAUUAUUAACACAUGAACCAAAAUACUCCAGCCACUUG